AUGUCACAUUUACCUUUUGCAACGGGUGGACUUGAUGUGUCUGUAAUGACUCUUGGAAUUUGGAGAUUUUUGUUGUUUCUUCUUUUACUUUUUGGUAAUGAAUGGCAAGAUGAAGAGUUUGAUUGCAACAUGCUGAUGAAGUUGAUGGUGGUGCACUCAAAACUUGUUAAAGUUAUGCGCUGGGAAUCGUAG